AAUCUAAACCCUUUUCUUUCUCAAUUCUUGUUCUCACUGAGCUCAAAAACCUCAGCCAGAGACUUCAAACCCCGCGCAGUAGCGGCAAAUCACUGUCGUUUUGCUGACGACAGAGCUUCAGAGCCAUGGCGGAGCCUCCAACUCAAUGGCGCUUGCAGACCGGCCAAUACCUUGGGGAAAUCUCAGCACUAUGUUUCCUCCACCUCCCCUCCCACCUCUCUCCUCUCCCUUACCUCCUCGCUGGUUCGGGAUCGCAAAUCCUGCUUUAUGAUUUGGACUCGGGGAAAGCGAUAAGGUUUUUCCAUGUCUUCCAAGGGAUUCGCGUGCACGGUAUUGCUUGUAGUGAAUUCGUUCGGUGCACGGAAGGAACUGUUUCCUCUAAGCUUGCUUUUGAACUCGCUGUGUUUGGUGAAAGGCGUGUCAAAGUGUUUAGCUUGGUGAUUGAAUUCGCUUUGGGACCCAAAAAUGGGUCCGGGGUUUGCGUGGAUUUGGACCUGCUGCACUUGUUGCCCAAGUUUAGUAAUUGGGUUUUGGAUGUUUGUUUUUUGAAGGGAUUUGUAAGUUCUUUCAAUGAGGGGUGGCAUUGUCUUGCAAUAGGGUGUAGUGACAACUCUGUUCAUGUUUGGGAUAUGUCAAAUUCUAGUGUGCUCCUUCAAGUUCGGUCUCCAGAGAGGUGCCUUCUUUAUUCCAUGCGGCUAUGGGGUGACAAUGUUGAGGCUCUCCAUAUUGCAUCUGGUACUAUUUUUAAUGAGAUUCUUGUUUGGAAAGUGGUUCCUCAGUAUGAUGCUCCAUCUUUGACAAAUCCUGUGGAAGACCGUAUUGACCAGAGCAGUCCAUUCUCCAACCAUGUCUGGUUUGGUUGUCAGCAGUUUGAAGCUGUUCAUAUAUGUAAACUUGCUGGCCAUGAAGGUUCAAUCUUUCGCAUAGCAUGGUCCUCUGAUGGAUCCAAACUGGUGUCUGUCUCUGAUGAUCGUAGUGCUCGUGUCUGGACAGUUCAUACUGGAAGGAAUGGAUCUGAUAAGGAUGGAAAUUCUAUUGGCCCUGACCUUGUUGGCCUUGUGCUGUUUGGUCACAAUGCCAGAGUAUGGGAUUGCUGUAUUAGUAAUUCUUUGAUAGUCACUGUGGGCGAGGAUUGUACAUGUCGAAUGUGGGGAUUGGAUGGUAAGCAGGUUCAGAUGAUUAAGGAGCACGCGGGAAGGGGCAUUUGGCGAUGUUUGUAUGAUGCAAAAUCUUCACUUGUCAUUACUGCUGGCUUUGAUUCUGCAAUUAAAGUGCAUCAGCUGCGUGGUUCUUUGUCUGGGGGCUUGGAUGGACUUGCUGAGGUAAAAGAGGUUACUGAAAGAACAGAGAUAUUCACUGUUUGCAUCCCUAAUUCAUCAGAGCAUAAUGGACUCAUGGACAGCAAAAGUGAAUAUGUUCGCUGUUUAUGUUUCACAUCUGAAGAUACUCUUUAUGUCGCCACAAACCGUGGUUAUCUCUACCAUACUAAAUUACUGAAUACCAGGAAUGUAAAAUGGACUGAACUUGUCUGUGUCAGUAAAGAGGUUCCAAUUGUUUGUAUGGAUGUGUUAUCCAUAAAACCAUCUGAGGUUUGUGGUGGUGUUGAGGACUGGAUUGCUGUGGGAGAUGGUAAAGGGUACAUAACGAUCGUCAGAGUUUUAUGUGACACUUCUAGUGCUAAAGUGGGCCUCACAUUUACUUGGUCAGCUGGAAUCGAGAGACAGCUCCUAGGAACUUAUUGGUGCAAGUCAUUGGGAUAUAGGUACAUCUUUACUGCUGAUCCUAAAGGGAUGUUGAAGCUGUGGAGUUUAUGUGAUCCUUCCCCAUCAGUUUCUUGCAAUUCUGCAAGGAGUUACAAUGUGUCUCUAAUAGGGGAGUUUGCAUCAUGUUUUGGAAAUAGGAUACUGUGUCUGGAUGCAUCUUUUGAGAAAGAGGUUCUGGUGUGUGGGGACUUACGUGGUAAUUUGAUCCUAUUCCCAUUGUUGAAGGGCCUGUUGCUGAAUACAUCUGUUGCAUCUGAAGUGAAAGUGUCUCCACUAAAUUAUUUUAAAGGAGUUCAUGGGAUAUCUAGUGUUUCCAGUGUUUCCUUCGGUAGAUUAAGUUCCAAUCUGACUGAAAUAUGUUCGACCGGUGGGGAUGGGUGCAUUUGUUAUGUGGAAUAUGACACAGAUCGGAAAACUUUGGAAUUUAUAGGGAUGAAACAAGUGAAAGAAUUGAGUUUGAUUCAGUCUGUAUCUGCUGAGAAUGACUCUAUUGACGAUUUAGCAAGUGGCUGCUAUGCAGCUGGUUUUGCAUCAGUAGAUUUUAUAAUAUGGAAUUUAAUAACUGAGACAAAGGUUGUGCAAAUACCAUGUGGUGGAUGGCGGCGCCCUCAUUCUUAUUAUCUUGGUGAUAUACCAGAUAUGCAGAACUGCUUUGCAUAUGUAAAGGUUGAUGAAACGAUCUACAUUCAGAGAAAUUGGAUACUGGAUAGUGAGAGGAAGAUAAUCCCCCGGAAUUUGCAUGUGCAAUUCCAUGGGAGAGAAAUGCAUUCCUUAUGCUUUGUCUCAGAAAAUUUGCAAGUCAGAGCUAAUGGAAAGCAUGAUAUCUUCUCUAGAUCUAGUUGGAUUGCAACUGGCUGUGAAGAUGGAACUGUCAGGUUGACUAGAUAUGCACCAGGUGUUGAGAAUUGGUCUGCAUCAAAAUUGCUUGGGGAGCAUGUUGGUGGAUCAGCUGUAAGAUCAAUAUGCCCUGUGUCAGAGAUACACAUAGUUGCAUCAGAAGCGACCGACAUUCAAGAUGGGAGGAACAGACAAACUGCUGACGCAGAGAACAGAGAGGAUCCAUUUUUGCUGAUUUCAGUUGGUGCAAAGCGGGUCUUGACUUCUUGGCUACUAAGAAAUAGAGGGCUAGACAAGGAAGAAACACUUGUUGAUCAGAACCAUCGUGAAACUGGAAAUAGUAAUAAGCUUUCAUCAGGAGUGUCCUCAUCAAUGUCAUUCCAGUGGCUUUCUACUGACAUGCCGGCCAAGUAUUCAAGUUCUCAUAAAUUUCCAGAAGACAUUGAGAAAAUAUUUGGUGCAACAGAAGAUGUUUCUAGUACAAAAGUUGGUGCAAGAUCACAUUUUGCAGAAAAGGAGAAGAUGGACAUAAAAUCUUGCCUUGGAAGUAAAUAUGAAGAUGACUGGAGAUACCUGGCUGUCACGGCUUUUCUUGUUAAAUGUGCUGGUUCCAGGUUAACUGUCUGCUUUGUUGUGGUUGCUUGUUCAGAUGCCACACUUGUACUACGGGCUUUAAUUUUGCCCUGUCGUUUAUGGUUUGAUGUUGCUUUGUUGGUUCCUCUAUCAUCACCAGUUUUGGCAUUGCAGCAUGUUAUCGUUCCAUUAUGUCUUCCUUCUGAAGAGAACAUUCAGAAAGGAAGUGCGUAUAUUGUGUUUAGUGGAGCUACUGAUGGUAGUAUUGCCUUCUGGGAUCUGAGUGGAGCUGUUGAAGCUUUUAUGCGGCGGCUUUCAACUCUUAAGGUAGAAAACUUCAUUGAUUGUCAGAGACGGCCACGCACAGGUAGGGGAAGUCAGGGAGGGCGAUGGUGGAGAUCAUUAAGCAGUAGUCUAUCUAAGAGAAGACCAGGCAGUGGUUCAGUCACCGCAAAAGCUGGAGAUGGAACAAAUCACAAUAUGCUGAACCAUGUUACAAAUGGAGCAGAAUUGUUAAUAAAUGAUUCUGAAAGUAGUCCCACAGCUUGUUCAAAUGCUAUAAGGACUGCUUCCGUUAAGUCAGAAGUGAAUAUAGAUGAGUACUCACCCGAUAUAUGUGAAAUAAGGCCUUUACAUGUUCUAAAUAAUGUACAUCAAUCUGGCGUCAAUUGUCUUCAUGUUUCAGAUAUAAGAGAUUGUCAAAGUCCUCCCAGUGGUUUUCUGUUCAACAUAAUAAGCGGGGGUGAUGAUCAAGCACUUAACUAUCUCAGAUUUGAAAUUUCUCCGAUAGCAAAAGUCGUGGGUAAUGAUUUUAUGACACCAAGCAUCAGAAGUUCAUUUAGUGGCCUUGAAAGGAUAAGGAACCUUGUUACUCAUGGAGAAAACAAGAAUGAGAAUUUUAGUAUCGAAUUCUUAUAUCAUGAGAAAAUUGCAUCAGCUCACAGCUCUGCCAUAAAAGGUGUUUGGACGGAUGGCUCUUGGGUGUUCUCUACGGGUCUUGAUCAGUGUGUUAGAUGCUGGCUUCUCGGAAAACAUGGUAAACUAACUGAGCAUGCGUAUCUAGUCAUUAGUGUGCCAGAGCCAGAAGCGUUGGAUGCUAGAGUCUGUGGCAGAAACCAUUAUCAGAUUGCUGUAGCUGGAAGAGGGAUGCAAAUCCUUGAGUUCACUGGAAUCUGUGAAAUGGACGGGGGAGAAUGAAGCGCUUAUUUUUUCUUUGUUUUUUUGUGAUUUUGUUUACUGGUUUAGAUGAAAGCUUUUGACAGGAGAGCUGAUCUUUUCAGCAUUACCUUGUUACAGCAAACAUUCAUUGCUCAUGACUGACAGAAUGACAAUCUAGAGUGAGAAGGGUCUUCAACAGCCAUCUUGGUUAGUUUUAAAAUCUGCAGCUAAGAUACAAGUUUCCUACCCCUUACGAAACUUCUCUCUUGAUUACAAGUGAACACUAGCCCAUCUAGGAAGCAACAAGGCCUCAUCUCCUAGCAAUCACACCUCAAAUUAUGUAUUGGUUAUCAAUUUUGGGAUACUAGAUUGACUUGUGCAAAUCUAAGCCGCACAGCUUGAUAUAUGUUUCUCUGUAAGAGUAAUUUGUAUGUCAAUUUUGGAUGAUUAGAGGCUAAUAAAUUGAUUAAAUAUUUGUACGA